GGUCGGGAGGCGGAAGUGGAUGCAGCGGGGUGGAAGAGGGUCUUCGGAAAGCGGAAGUGACCCCGGAAGCGCGCUGGCGGAUUCGGACUGCGGGAUGUGCUAGGUACUUAGCAACGCAGGUCUGGAAUGUCAAGCUGCAGUCGAUGCUAGCAUCUUCCCCGACGAAUUUCCAGCGCUGAGCCGCCCGUCGGAGCCCCAGGCGCUGCGGAAACACAGAGGAACUGACAAGGCCAGAAAUACCUGCAGAACCAUCAGAUGAAGACCUAGCACUUGUGGGACAGAUACAUGUGGAGGUGGAAGUGUCAUUGAGAAACCUGGAGGAGGAGCAUCGACGUAAAACAUCCCAUCUUGACAGUGAUUUGGCAGAUGAGUUCUUAAGGCAUCAGUUCGGGCACGGAAAGAGCAUUUCAGGGAGGGAAAGCAGCUGUGGACAGCGCCUGGCUUGAACUGGAAAUGGCAAACAGUCUUUUAAAAACAUCUCCAUCUUCAAGGACAAAAGUACUCCAUCAAGUAGGCUUAUCUCUGUAUAAUACCUUUCAUGGCUUCCAUGAGGAGGAGGUGAAGAAAACACUCCAGCAGUUUCCUGGUGGGUCCGUCGAUCUUCAGAAAGAUGACAGUGGCAUUGGCAUCCUUACUCUGAACAACCCCAGUAAGAUGAACGCCUUCUCAGGUGUCAUGAUGCUACAACUUUUGGAAAAAGUGAUUGAACUGGAAAAUUGGACAGCAGGGAAAGGAGUCAUUGUCCGUGGAGCCAAAAACACUUUCUCUUCAGGGUCUGACCUGAAUGCCGUGAAAGCCCUGGCCACUCCAGAGGAUGGAAUGGCUUUAUGUAUGUUCAUGCAGAACACCUUAACAAGAUUUACAAGGCUUCCUUUAAUAAGCGUGGCCCUGGUGCAGGGCCGAGCCCUGGGUGGAGGCGCGGAGUUAACCACAGCCUGUGACUUCAGAUUAAUGACUCCGGAGAGUGAGAUCAGAUUUGUCCACAAGGAGAUGGGAAUAAUCCCAAGCUGGGGUGGUGCCAGCCGGCUGGUUGAAAUCAUAGGCAGUCGAGCAGCUCUCAAAGUGUUAGGUGGGGCCCUCAAACUGGAUCCCACAAAAGCUUUAAGCAUCGGAAUGGCUGAUGAGAUCUUGCAGUCUUCAGAUGAAACAAAAUCUGUAGAAGAGGCCCAAGCAUGGCUCGCACAGUUUGUCAAUGGGCCACCAGAAGUCAUUAGAGCUUUGAAAAAAUCUGUUUGUUCAGGCAAGGAACUAUAUUUAGAGGACGCAUUACAGAAUGAAAGAGAUCUUUUAGGAACAGUAUGGGGUGGAGCUGCUAAUUUACAGGCUAUUGCUAGAAAAGGAAAAUUUAAUAAAUAACAUCUAAAAAUGUGGGUUUACUACAAGUUCCAAUUAAUAAUAUAUACUGAAGUUAAAUGAAAAUAUGAACAGCAGAAUUAAUCUGAAAGUACUAUUAGUAUUCAGAUUUGUUUUGGGUUAGGGUUAGGAUUAGCUAAAGUCAUUAGCCAACAUUUUCUUAAUAUUUGGGCAACACGUUUUGUGUAAGUUAUUCCUAUCACUUCUUUUAUGGCAAUAAUGGUUCUUAGCUAUGAACAAAGGAUGCCUGUUUUGCUUUUUGGGUUUUUUUUUUUUUUUUUUUUUACAUAUAAGUGUGCUUAUCACCGUGUCUGCCACCAACAAAGAUUAGUUUCUAAAAGGAAAAGGUUCUAUUGACAGAAAAUCAAUUUUUUUAUUUCUCACCCAUAAUAUUUUCACUCUGUAAUAAUUUACAAAACAAUCUAAUAAACUUUUCAGUUAAAGAACAUGGGGCAAGAUCAUAGGACAAGAAAAGAUAUGAUUAGUCAUUUUCUUCUGUACCAAAUGAGGAAAAAAGAAAAGCUGCAUCCCGUUAUCCCUUUCAAGUCUGGAGCCUUGAUCUUUUCAAUAACUAGGGAACAUCAGCUGAACGUACGGGCUGCCAUUCACUGUCCUGGGAAAUACCAAGCUGGAAACAGAGCUGUUGAUAGUUUUAAAACAGAAAGUCUUGAUUCAUGAAACAAGCAUUCUACAACAAAAGUUACCACUUUACGACAGGUUUCUAUUUUUCUGAAAAACCUCAACUUUUAUAAGUAAUUUUAUAAUCAAUUUACUAAAAAUGUGUAAUUCAUAUUUUUAUGAUCAUUCCAGUAAUUCUGCAUACAGUACAUGGAAUAAAUAUGGAAAUGAA